ACCGACCACCGGUCACCGAUCUAACGAGUACGUUUAGUUACUGUUAAAAAACCGUUCGGAUAAAGGUCGUUUCCGAGACUCAUUCUACAGUAUCUGGCUCUACAGGAGAAGAAUGGCAGAGUUUUUCCCUGGGAAAUCUGCGCCCAUCUACCAGUCCACACCAAAACCCGGGUCCUCAACCUCCAGACCCGGGUCCGACCUCCUGGUCCCGCAGCCCGCCGAGAACCUCUCCAUACAACACGGCACCGGGGACCAUGUGAUGACCAGUGAAGACUCAGGCGUCAUACUGGACAUCUCCAGCAUCCCCGAGCAAGAGCCCAGCCCCAGCCGUAAGAAGCCCAGGCUGGGAGCCACCCAGACAGCCUCCUCCUCCUCCUCCUCCUCCUCCUCCUUCUGCUCCCUGCCGUGGUCAGAUGUGGAUGAGCUCGGGAGACGAGCCCAGGAGCUGGUGGAGAGGAUCAACCAGAGCCGGGACCGCGACCAGGAGAUCAUCUGCAGCUUCCAAGACCAACUGCUGUCAAAGGUGGGGGACGUGUGCCAGCAAGUGAAGGAGCAGCUGUUCUCUAGCUAUGAGGAGCAGGGCCAGGGCUUGGAGCAGCAGCUGCAGGAGCUGUCCCGGGUGCUGGAGAGGAGCAGCUCGCUGAGCACCGAGCUCCAGGAUGUCAGCGCCACGCUGUCUGUGAUCAACACCGGCCUGCUGCACAGCCCCCGGGCCCUGACGGAGCCAAGGACCAGCUCCCGGGACCACUCGGACCAGCCCAGUCCUCUAGACACCACAGACCCCCUUUAUGAUGAACCAGGUCCGUGAGGAACACAGGAAGUCCAUGUCAGCAGGUGGCGGUUUUGAGCUGGUAGUUAUGUUCAGUUAAUAUUUGGUGUUCUGGUAACCAUAAUUAAUGUUCACUCUGGGUUUGACAGAACCCUAUUUGUUGUGGUUAUGGUUGUGAACUUUAAAUGUUUAAUAUUAAUAUUUCACCCUGCUCAACACAUCACUUGAUAAGUGUAAGCCCUGUAAGUCUACAAUGGCAUUUUAGUUCAUAUUCAAUGGUAUUUAAAAACAAUCUUGGGAGCAUUUUGUUUACUUUCCAAAAAUUAAAUGGUUUAUAUUAUAGGUCUGACUUUUGACUGUCAAGAACAGUGAGUCUUUUCAAUUAGGACCCGUUUCAUAUUCACUUUUGAAUACCAAAGUGUUGUCAAAAAAUAAAUCAUUCUUGACCA